CCUGCGUGAGGAGCUUCCCGUGCUAUGCGAGAUGGGAUAAUCUCUACGACUGGAAUGCCGAGGAAAUGCCAGGCGUGAAAGAGCGGCUGACCUGAGAGUCACAAGCCAACGGUCACCGACGCAGUCCGGGACGACGUGGCGGGCAGGGGCUGGCUUGAGUGCCGCUUGACAUCGUAUGUUGCUCGGCUGACCUCAGCCAUAGCUGGCAAUUGCAUGACCGCGUGCCCGAAAGAAUAAUGCUGGACAUCCAUCUCCCGUUGGGCUUGAUGUUCUUGUAUUCCUCUAACUUCAUUCAACCCACGGUAUUGGAAUUGGUUCAGCCUUUCUUCCACAUCUGCUCUCACACGUACGAGCAAUAUUUUCCCACGCCUAGGUCCAGUCCGCUAUAUGUUUUCGAUCCCUUGAGAGACCGCACGAAACAUCACAACGACCGAGUUCUCACGAUGCCCUGCGCAGAAACCAGCACAGGCCGGACUGACAAGCAGAAGUCAUGUUCAGGCUCGUGUUCGAAGAGUGGCGGCGCAUGCAGCUCCCGAUCUGGUAGUACCAAGCUUGGGUCGCCGACGGCAACACUGGAGAUUGAGGACGCGCCGAUGCUGCCAAGUGUACACUCGGAGUCUGCCAGCGACCAAAAGAGCCCAGUAGUACCGCCGCCUCAUCGUCACCGGCCAAGGACAAUUCGAGGCCAUACCUAAGGGCGACCCAAUCGCGAAUUUCUGGUAUGGCGGCGUAAGCCCCGGACAGAGAGCACGUCACAGCGUCAUUGAAAAUUCCUGAAAGACAGCGCGACAGCCACAGCCAUUACUCCAGAAGACACAAAGGGGGU